AUGCCGUCGAGCUCCGAGCCUAGUGGCAACAAUGAGGCCGCCAACUUGUCGCGCUCCUCCUCCUCGUCCAUCAUUGAGCCUGUACAGCAGUCGUUGGGUAUCUCCAGCUACUUCCACGCGCUACGCUCGCCCAGACGACGAGCGCCAAUCACCAGCGAGAGUGACGUUCACAGUAGCCCUUCGCCGCCCAGCUACGAGAUUUCGUUAAUGGAUGUAGCUGAGUCAUCACCCCAUACCCAGAGAGAGAUCUCUGCCAGCUCCGCAGGUCGAACACACGGUUCCAGACACUCGGAGACGACGUCGGAUAUCCACAGCAAGUGGCACCGACGAGCGGCACCCUCUGCCGUCUCAGCACGCUCUUCGAGACAUUCUAACAGCUCCGAGACGCAGCAGCAGUCGACGCCUCCUGUGAAUUGUGCUGUGGAUAUUGGCGAUUGUGGCAAUACAGCAUUACCGUCGUGUCAUUACUAUGUGGACGCAAGUGGACAGAUGCGGGUCAGGAAACUCUGGUGGUGCUACACGAGGAUACGACGUGUUUUGUGGUGUGUAUUCCCGUGGCUUAAGAGAGACAGUAACACGUAUUUGUGUGCCAGGAUGGUGGCCAACUCAACGCUCAUUGUGGCGGUGUAUUUAUUGCGAGAACUACUGAACCACGUCGUCGUACCAGCCAUUCUGUCACAUAAGGACGAAGGUGCAGGACAUGACGCAGAAAGGCAUUGUCACGACCACUCUAUCGAGUUUCUGGACAUGUACGCGUACUCAAUGGUGGCCAAUGUGGUGCUUUGUCUACCUGCGCUGAAUUCCAAGGCGUGCCGAUUGUAUCAACGUGCACACAGAGAUUAUUCCAGAGUCAAUUCAACGUCAUCAGUCAAUGACGAGCCGUCGUCUGUCGUGACGCCUUCUUCGGCAGUCGCAGAUAUUACCAAAGAGCAUCAGCGAUUCGAGAAGACUUAUUUAUUCACGCUAUGCGAGAUCAUUGUGGUGAUUGAAAUCCCGUACCUUAUCUUCUUAUUGGUGGUGAUGUUCGUGCCAUCGGAAUCCGGAAGCAUCUCCGAGAUGCUCGUUGCAUGCGAUCGACAACUCGCCACCGGUUAUUUCUUGCUAUUGCUCGCUGUCCAACUCGUGGCAGUUCUCGCCUAUAUCUUGCGAUGGAGACAGAUCUUGCUGUUCCACCGACUUCAUCUGCACUUCCUCUUCCAGCGUGGAUACGUACCGGGUCACUCUCGCUUCGAUUACAUUGAAAAAUCAUUCGCUACACCUCUUUACGCGUGGCUACCAGCUCCAAUAUGGGGGUGUUGGAAGCGUUGUAAGCGUCUACGAAAAGCAGCACGAGGAAAUCGAUACGAUGGAGCACAAGAGGAUCAAAACGGCAAAGCUACAGUACCUGAGGGCAGUAUCAGGAAUCAAAUCCACUACGUUAAAGUAGCACUGUACGGUGCUGCGAAACGUGGGGAUGUUGAACAAGUGCGAGCACUACUGGAAGCUGCUGUCAGCAUUUCUGGUCCCGAAUUCGCAACAGAGUGGUACGAGCCGCGCGUGUGGAACCUGGGAGGAGUUUUUCUUUUCGCUCGAGGACAGCGCAACCCGCUGCAUGUGGCUGUAGCUUUUGACCAGAUCGAAGUCGUCCGUGAACUGCUUGCUAAUGGCCACUUUGACGUCCAACAACUGGAUAAGUUGGAGCUACUACGCUUAGAUUUAGCGUGGCUCUAUCGGGUCAUGUUCCGCCUUCUUUUCCUCCUUGUGCGUCGUUCCAGUGCAGGUGUAGUCGCGACUGCUUCAGCAGGAGGUGGCGCGGGGAAUGGCGGUGCAGCUCCUGGUCUUGCAACUGUAACAAUGGGUUAUGUCGAGCUCACGUUGUUACUGCUACGCUAUGGCGCCAAGCCUGAUGCACCGGCGAUAUCAACACACCCACGAUUCGCCACACCGCCGCUCUAUUGGGCUGUGGACAAGGAGUGCACGCGAUUGCUACUUGAUGCUGGUGGCAACCCGCUUGCUUUGCCUGGAGACGCCAAUGGACUGUUACUUACAGCGUUUGAAGUUGCGAGGAUUGCAGGCAACGCCGCUGUGGCUCGACAGAUGGAGAAGUACGGCGGAGACGUGGGACUGACUCCUCUUCACGAUGCUUGUGCUGGUGGACGACGGCAUGAAGUGGCGUUUUUAUUGGAGCACGGAGCGGAUCCAGACACGCUGGGAGAACAAGUGAUUGGCUGUUUCCGUCGCACUCCUCUCCACUGGGCUGCCAUGCGUGGACAUGCUCGUAUCAUUCGACUUCUCAUGCGAUAUGGAGCAAACGUGGACGCACGGGACGUGUUUGGACGCUCACCUUUGGCGUGGGCUUGCGUUUUGAACCGCACACGUGCUGUUGAGGCGUUAUUGGAGAGUGGUGCUGAUGUUAACGUCCGUGACGCUCAAGGUGACCCGUUGCUCUGUAUAUGCGCGGCUGGAGCGUGUGCGUCUAUUAAACGAGGAGCAAAGACAACGACAGGUAAGCGAGACAAGCUCAGUGCCGACCGCGUGCAGGAUGAUGUAGUUUGUGACGACCCUGGUGACGAGGAAGGGGGUCUUGGCGUCAUGUUGAGUGGACAGAGAUCACUUGCUCGUGGCCUGGACCCGCGUAUCUUCCAGCUAUUACUUGACUACGCUGUAGAUCUGCAUGCCACGCGGACUAGCAAUGGAGAUUCAGCUCUUCAUGUGGCAUUACGGCGACGCAACCAGACUGCGGCUGUGUUGUUCGUGCGUGCUGGUUUAAGCUUGACUGCUGUCAAUCUCCUAGGCCAACGAGCGAUUGAUUGCGCUCGGUCACCAGCUCUGCGCUUUGCUGUGAAGAAAGAAGCAGGUCAGCGCGAUGUGAUGAUCAGUUACAGUCAUGCGCAUGCUCCGUUGGCUCGUAAGAUUCGAGAUGCGCUGGAACGCCAGCGAGUGACGACUUGGAUCGAUACAAUGGGCCCCACAGGUAUCACCGGCGGCUCCGUGUGGCGUCAGGAAAUUGCACGAGGCAUUCAGAGCAACAUGGAGAUCUCCGAGGAGCUGCAGGUUUACUUGUGGACUCGUCAGGUGAUUGACUUCCGACCUGCAGUCAAGCAUAACUAUGUCGUGAAAAGCAGCGAGCACGCCCCGUAUUCGCUAUACGAAGAUAAAGACACAGAUUCUCAUGAGGGUGAGUCAGACUUUCGAAUCGAGGACGAUGACACCGAGGUGACGAAUAUGAUGGGCAAGCGUGUUGCCAGCAACCUCGAGCUUGUGCCGGACUACAACGACGAGGCCUUUUGCCACUGUUUGCGGAUGCUCCUCGACGGCAUUCAAGAUCAGAUCGAAGAGCAUCGCGCACGCCUCGCUCGACGUCAAGAGCGACAGCAACAACAAGCACAACUACCUGGUCAUGACACUGACGCGAGAGCCGAUGGCGAUGCAUCUCGUCAUGGAAGUCGGCGGAACGAUAGCGAGUGCUACCCCGAAGAAGAAGAUAAAGGACUCUGUGGAAUCCCUGCAGCAGCUGGAAACGCUGGCGAGUGUGAAGACUCCGAUGCACAGAUCAGCUUUCCGGAAGGUCCACUUAAUGUGCCACUCUUUCGUCCUCUACGAAGGAUCGAUUCUCUUGCUUCAUCUCUGGCGUUUACGUCAACCACAGACUCGUUCGUGUUCAUCGCACAUGGAGAUUUCCAUCGUUCCUUCUGUCUGCGUCUACAGAAGUCAUUACUGAAGCAAGGCAUUCGCUGCGUCGUUGACCAAACUGUCCCUGCGGUACAAUACGCACACCAGCCGUCAGAUCACGAGGCUGAGGCUCAAAGUGGAGGCUUUGGGGCAUAUCUGGGCGGCUCUGAGCAGCCUGUUUCUCGUCUACCCGUCCAAACCCGACAACUCGCUGCAAAAGACGCUAUCCUGGCUUGUUCGGCAGUGCUAGUUGUGCUGUCCCCAUUGUCCGCGAUUUGUGAUCUGUUAGCCGACCAAUUAGCGUUUGCAGAGGACCGUGGGAAGCUGCUGGUCCCCAUUCUCUUGUCGCUACACAAAGUGGAUCUGGCGAAGCGCUACACCUUCUCACGAAGUAUGGUGCAUCACUUUAAUGCCUCGUUGGGCUAUGAACAGAGCUUCGAGCAGCUCACGAACUACUUGAGAGUGCACCAACAGAACGAGGCUCGACAGCGACGUCUUCAGCGUCGUCAGCAAGAAGACCAAGGAGAUCUCGACGCGAGUUUGGGGGCCAUGGCGGUUCUAUCUCCGAUAUCUUCCGCUUCGUCAACUGGACGACCUUCGUCUCUAGCAGGCUACACAGAUGUCGUGGAGCUGCAGUCGCCAUUCGAUGACCAACUGCUGUCGACAGACGCAACGUUAUUGCUACCGACGCUGCCAACGUGA